UCACAUUUUAAAAGGAUAAAAUGAAAAAAGAAACUACUGAAUUGCUCUGAAUAUGGAAGUGGGUCUUGCCCAGAAAACGAAAGGCCGAUAGGCGUCCGAGCUGCCAUGUAUUCCUUUAUGGCUGGAGCCAUAUUCAUCACUGUGUUUGGCAAUCUUGCCAUGAUCCUUUCCAUUUCCUACUUCAAGCAGCUUCACACACCAACCAACUUCCUCAUCCUCUCCAUGGCGGUCACUGAUUUCCUGCUGGGAUUCACCAUCAUGCCAUACAGUAUGAUAAGAUCAGUGGAGAACUGCUGGUAUUUUGGGCUGACGUUUUGCAAGAUUCAUUAUAGCUUUGAUCUGAUGCUCAGCAUAACAUCCAUUUUCCAUCUUUGCUCAGUGGCCAUUGAUAGAUUUUAUGCUAUCUGUUACCCUUUACAGUAUUCAACCAAAAUGACGAUUCCAGUCAUUAAACAGUUGCUGGUUCUCUGCUGGUCAGUCCCCGGGACAUUUGCCUUCGGAGUGGUCUUCUCUGAGGCCUACGCGGAUGGAAUAGAAGGCUAUGAUAUCCUGGUUGCUUGCUCUAGCUCCUGCCCAGUGAUGUUCAACAAGCUAUGGGGGACCACCUUGUUUAUGGCAGGUUUCUUCACUCCUGGGUCUGUGAUGGUCGGGAUUUACGGCAAAAUUUUUGCAGUAUCCAGAAAGCAUGCUCGUGCGAUAAAUAACUUACCAGAAAAUCAAAAUAAUCAAAUGAGGAAAGACAAGAAAGCAGCCAAGACUUUAGGGAUAGUAAUGGGUGUUUUUUUAUUAUGUUGGUUUCCCUGUUUUUUCACGAUUUUAUUGGAUCCCUUUCUGAACUUCUCUACUCCUAUAGUUUUGUUUGAUGCUUUGACAUGGUUUGGCUAUUUUAACUCCACAUGUAAUCCCUUAAUAUAUGGUUUCUUCUAUCCCUGGUUUCGCAGAGCCCUGAAGUACAUUUUCCUGGGUAAAAUUUUCAGCUCACAUUUUCAUAAUGCUAAUUUGUUUACAGAAAAAGAAACUGAUUAG